AUGGAUGAUCGUUACGAAGGUUUCAACGAUUAUGAUCACGCAUAUGACUUUCAGAAUAAUUUAAUUUCACGCUUGGGUAUUGCACCUGUUGCAACAUCUAUUAGUGGUGCUAAUAAUAUCAUAUCAAAUAAUCGAUCCGGUAAUGAUACAAUGGGUGGUGUUAUGUUACGAUCUUCCAUUGGUUCACGACGUGGAAUUGAACCAAGCGUACCGAUGACCGCCGUACGAGGUGCUGGUUAUUCAUCAGCUAGCCGAGGGAUCUCAUUCAAUCCGUUAAAAAUAAGCAUAGCGGAAAAACCACCCGAGAUAAGUAAUGAAGAAAAAUGUCGUCAAAUGGAGCAAAAAGUUAAUGAACUCUUGAAAGAAAGUAUUUUUGCAUCGGAAAAAGGCGAUAUGAAACUGGCACUUGAAAAAGCUAAAGAAGCAGGUCGACGUGAACGUACAAUUGUUAAGAUGCGUGAACAAUUAUCAAUUAUUGAUCAGCUUAAUUUAGAUUUAACAUUUACAGUUUUAUUCAAUUUAGCACAUCAGUAUAUGGCAAAUAAUUUAUUGACAGAAGCAUUGAAUACUUAUCAAAUGAUUGUGAAAAAUAAAAUGUUUACAAAUUCGGGUCGUUUAAAAGCAAACAUUGCUAAUAUUUAUUUCAAACAGAAAGACUACAAGAAAGCUAUUAAACUUUAUCAAAUUGCUUUGGAUCAAAUACCAAUUUCACAAAAAAAUACCAGGAUUAAAAUAAUGAAUAAUAUUGGUGUUGCAUUUAUCAAAUGUGGUGAAUAUGAUGAAGCUGAUAGUACAUUUGAAUAUUGUAUGAAUGAAAAGAGUAAUUAUAAUACGGCGCUUAAUUUUAUCCUUACCGCAUAUUGCUUAAAUGAUAUUGAUAAAAUGAAAGAUGGAUUUCAGCGAUUAUUGGAUAUACCACUUUUGAUAGAUGAUGAAACGAAAUAUGAUCAACAGGAUUUCCUGAUUAGCAAUGAUUCGCUAAAACAAUGGGAGCGUCAACGACGAAAUAUUGCAGAAAAAACGAUUUUCAUUGCUGCAAAAAUUAUUUCAUCAGUUAUUGCAUCAACGGUAUCUGAGGGUUAUAAAUGGUGUGUGGAUGCAAUUCGACAAUCGGUCUAUGCACCAUUAGCAAUGGAUAUUGAAAUGAAUAAAGUUGUCGUAUUACUUAAACAGGGUGAUUUAACGAAUGCAACACAAUUAUUAAUGUCAUUCAACAACAAGGAGGAUAAUAAAGUGGCAAGCGCAGCAGCGAAUAAUCUUGCUGUACUUAAUCUUUUGCAAGGAGCAUCAAAAUUAGAAGAAGCUAUACAAUACUCUGAACAAGCACUUUCUGUUGAUCGUUAUAAUGCUAAUGCAUUGGUAAAUCGCGGGAACAUUUUUUUCGUUCUAGGAGAUCUAGAUAAAGCUGCUCAAUACUAUAAGGAGGCAUUAAGUAAUGAAGCAUCAUGUUUGCAAGCACUUUACAAUCUUGGCUACGUUCAACGUUUACAAGGAAAAUUAGAAGGUGCAUUGGAGUGUUUUUAUAAACUACAUAAUAUUUUAUUAAAUAAUGUUCAAGUAUUAUGCCAACUUGCUUCCAUAUAUGAACAACUGGGGGAUAAAGCACAAGCAAUAGAAUUGUAUAGUCAAGCAAACAGCUUAGCUCCAACAGAUUCUGCGAUACUAUCAAAAUUAGCCAAUAUCUAUGAUUCUGAGGGUGAUAGAAGUCAAGCAUUUCAAUGUCAUUAUGACAGUUAUCGAUAUUUUCCAUCAAAUAUUUCCACAAUUGAAUGGCUUGGAGCGUAUUAUAUUGAUGCACAGUAUCCGGAAAAAGCGGCAACUUAUUUUGAAAAAGCUUCUAUGAUAGAACCAAAUGAAAUAAAAUGGCAAUUAAUGAUGGCAUCAUGCUUACGACGUUCCGGAUAUUAUCAAAAAGCAUUCGAGUUGUAUCAAAAAAUACAUGAAAAAUUUCCAGAAAAUAUCGAUUGUUUAAAAUUUCUGAUAAGAAUAUGUACUGAUCUUGGAAUGCCUGAAGCUAAAGAAUACAUGGAAAAGUUAUCAAAGACAGAAAAAGUACGUCAAUUAAGAAUGCAACGUGAAAUAGAUUCUAGCCAAGGAAGGCAUAAUACACCGUUAAUUCAAUCAGUAAAUAACUUUGCGAAAGGUAAUAAUGGUCGACCAAAUUCACGCUCACAACUGAAAACAGCAAGUGUUCGUUUAUCAUUCGAUGACGAUGAACAAUAUCACAUUUCACGUAGAGAAAUGAGUCCCGCUGAUUAUGCUUACAGUGAUCCUCUUGGGCCAGCACCACCUCGACCACGAACGGGUAUAAGGCAUCCAAACACCGCAAAUAUGGAAUCGUUUGAAGAUGAGCAAUUUGAUGAAUCAUUAUUACCUGAAUAA